UUGUUGUGCAAAAAUUUCAACAUUUUUAUACAUGUUCUCGAUCUCAGUCGGAACAUAUUGCUAUUGCAUGUUUUGUUAGUCGUUGGUGACUUGCUACGUGUUUCAGUGCUAUUAUCAACUGUGAAAUAAUAUCGUCAAAUAAUGGGCAUAGACGAGAAAACAAAUGUGGCUGCUGAGGCUAACGAAACCGGUGAAACACAAUCGAAGAAAGCUGCAAAAAAACUAGCCAAAGAAGCAGUAAAGGCCGCUAAAAAAGCCGAAUACAAAGCGGCAGCAGCAGCAACAAGUGGGGCAAGCGGUAACAACGAUGCCGAAGCUGCCAAAGACUAUUCAGAGGGAAAAUAUGGUGCUUCCAAGUUGAUUCAAUCGCAAGAACGUCAUGAAGAUCGUAUUUUUACCAGAGUUUCAGAUCUAUCACAAUUUGCGGAAAAAUAUCCAAAUCAAAGUGUAUGGGUGCGCGGUCGAGUACAUACGUCACGUUGCAAAGGAAAACAAUGCUUUUUAAUAUUGCGUCAGCAAAGCUCAACUGUGCAAUGCCUCAUCGCUGUUAAUGAUGUUGUGUCCAAGCAAAUGGUGAAAUUCUCUGGAAGCAUCAACAAGGAAAGUAUAAUUGAUUUGCGUGCAAAAAUUGUGGCCGUUUCAUCGAAAAUCGAAUCAUGUACGGAACAAAAUUUAGAACUGGCAGCGUUCGAAAUUUAUUUGGUAUCAUCGGCAAAACCACAACUUCCACUUCAAAUUGAAGACGCUUCUAGACCAGAAAAAAACAAUGAUCCGAAUAGUCUUCAAAUUCGUGUCAAUCAAGAUACUCGUCUUGACAAUCGUGUUUUGGACUUACGAACACCAGCCAAUCAGGCUAUAUUCCGUUUGGAAGCUGGCGUUUGUCGUUUAUUCCGUGAUAUUUUGGCUCGUAAUGGUUUCACUGAAAUCCAUACACCGAAAAUCAUCUCAGCUGCCAGUGAAGGUGGUGCAAAUGUAUUCACGGUUAGUUAUUUCAAAGAUUCUGCUUAUCUUGCUCAAUCACCACAAUUGUACAAGCAAAUGGCAAUUGCUGCUGACUUUGAAAAAGUCUAUACGGUUGGAGCUGUGUUUCGUGCCGAAGACUCAAAUACACAUCGUCAUUUGACUGAAUUUGUGGGCUUAGAUUUGGAAAUGACCUUUAAAUAUCAUUAUCACGAAGUGCUUGACACAAUUGGAAAUACAUUCACCGAAAUAUUCAAAGGGCUGCGUGAUGAAUAUGCGACCGAAAUAACAGCUGUUGCGAAUCAAUACGAUGUGGAGCCGUUUAAAUUUUUAGAGCCACCAUUGCGACUGGAAUAUGCACAAGGUGUUGCUAUGUUGCGUGAGGUUGGAAUUGAAAUGGGCGACGAAGAGGAUCUAUCAACGCCAAACGAAAAAUUAUUGGGUCGAUUGGUUAAAGCCAAAUACGAUACUGAUUUUUAUAUUCUAGAUAAAUUCCCAUUGGCUGUUCGUCCAUUCUACACAAUGCCGGAUCCAAAUAAUCCUAAAUGGUCAAACUCGUACGAUAUGUUCAUGAGAGGUGAAGAAAUUUUAUCGGGCGCCCAACGUAUUCACGAUCCAGACUACUUAAUUGAACGAGCCAAACAUCAUGCAAUCGACAUUUCGAAGAUUGCUUCAUAUAUCGAAGCGUUCCGAUUCGGAUGCCCACCGCAUGCCGGCGGUGGCAUUGGAAUGGAACGUGUCGUUAUGUUAUAUUUGGGAUUGGAUAAUAUUCGAAAAACUUCAAUGUUCCCACGUGAUCCAAAACGUUUAACGCCCUAAGUCAUCACGUUUAAAUAAUCAAUUCCAACAGCUUGAUAUCAUUUUAUUGAAUUAUGAUUUUUUUUAUAAAUUAACAAAGUGUCGUCUUAAUAGAAAAAAUCAAUAAAACCUUUUAAUAACAGUUUGCA